AUGCCUUCCUCCAUCACCCUCACCGUCAGCCACCUCCCGACUUCGACUUCGUUCUUUCUCUCCGCCCUUCAACCGCUCAACUACGUCUUCCGCGGCCGGCAAGAGCACACCAUCGGGUUUGGCCCCGCGUCUCCACCUAAUACUCCGGCCGACUUCUGGAUCACACAAGAGAUCCCCGGCGUGCCCGCGGGGGCCGCACACGUGGCUUUCCCUGCGGCGUCUCGGGCACAGGUGCAGGACUUUUUCCUCGCUGCCCUCAAGGCUGGUGGGAAGAUCCACGGGGAACCAUGCCAGCGGGACGCCUCGGGAUAUUACUCGGCCGCAGUGAUCGAUUUUGAUGGGAAUUCCAUCGAGGCGGUCUACAGGCCUGCAUUCGGCGACGAUGCCAACAGGGAGAAUGCGGACACGCGAAGUGUGGUGUCUCAUCGGAGUGCGACUGUGAGAGCGCCAUCCGUUGUAGCAGCUCCAAAAUCCGUCGUCUCCAACAUGAAGAGCGUUAGAGCACCAUCUCAGGUUGCAUCUAAGGCUCCGUCGUAUGUUUCAAGCCCACCAGAUGUGCCUCUUCAAAAUACUCAACCCAAGCCAAAGCCUUCCGGGGAUGUUCUUGGGUCGUUGAUUAACGAAGCUCGCAACGCCGCGAAUGUGGCCCGCGAUCUUGUUAACAGCAUGACACCCAAUCUCAUCUCUUCCGGCCCGCCAGCGUCAUCCACAGGUAACAACUCCACGGGCGGUGGGAGUGGAGCAGGUGAAGCCAUUGUUGGCACCCUCCUCGGCGUCGCUGCCGGCGCCGCGCUACACUACGCCUUCAGCAACCGAUCCAAGGAAGACAGCCGUGACGAUCGAGACGAGCACAAGUUUGUGCCUCCCCCACGCCCUUCUGUCACCGGUCGCAGCGUCUCCGAACCCGUGAACGUGGUGCGCGCGGAAUACUCCACUGUCCCCUCCGAGUAUCCUGGAGUUCCUGAGAAGUAUGGCUAUCGGGCUAUUGAACCAGCCCCUUCAGCAUACACGUACACAACCCGAGAACCUAGCGACCAGAAACUCAUCACCAUGUACGACCACGAUCAUCCGGCGCCUACUGAUAAAGCAUCCACGAUACGUCCUGCCUCGGUGACAAGGAGAGUGAGCAUGGACUCUGGAGUUGGCCUCGGGGUCGUCCCACGAGAUUUUGACGCAGCGUCACACGCUUCCUCGAAAGCGUCACGACAGUCCAAAAAGAGCACGAAUGCCCCGCCGCCGACAAGUUACCGUGCUCCGACUGCACUGACGGUGAAAUCGAAAGCUUCGGGUGCGUCUGGUGGCGGUGGUCGGUCGAGAUCCCGCGCGAGCAGUACAAGUCGUCUCGGUAGGAGUCUUAGUGGUCGCUCGUCGGCGGAGCAGCCGAGGUCGAGAUCUCAGUCCCGACACAGCUCUAGGUCGAGAAGGAGUCGGCGGGAUGAGUUUGAGGACAAUGCGCCGGAGGACGAAGAGGCAAGGACGGUGUUGCAUGUGGCCGAGUCGGUUCGCCGUUCUUCGAGCCGUGUGUCUUCGCACCACUCACACGCGGAGUCAAAAGUAGCAAGCCACGUUUCUGUGCACCACUCCCAGGCAGGAUCCAAGGUUCCAAGUCAGAUCUCGAUGCACCAGUCGCAGGCUGGAUCCAAAGCACCAAGCCAUGUGACCGCCCGCGAAUCCCAAGCAGGAUCCAAAGCGGCGAGUCAUAUCUCGAUGCACGAGUCCCAUGCAGGUUCAAAAGCACCGAGCCAUGUCUCAGCCCAUGAGUCGCACGCAGCCUCCAAAGCAUCGAGUCAUGCAUCUGCUCACCAGUCCCAGGCAGGAUCCAAGGUGGGUAGCUACGUCUCCGGCCACGACUCACAAGCGACGAUAAAGCCAGCCAGUCGAAUCAGUUCGCGGCACAGCCGCAGAGACCCUGCGGAGUAUCCGCUUCCACCAUCUCGUGCGGCAACCUGGGCUGGUUCCGACAUUGGAAAGUCCAGCAGCUUCGUGUCUGCGAGGUCGAACUUUGGACCAGCAGCGACCGGGCCACGGACGAUUAUCGGCAAAGUUAACCACCUUGUGCGAGAUGGAGGAAAUGUGACAGACGAGGACGACAAGGCAGAGACGGCGAGCGUGGUUUCCAAACAGAAAGAACUGGCCAGGUUGGAUGUCACGGACCGGGAGGUCAGGCCGGAGGACAGCGUCAGUCAGAUCUCGGUGGAGAGCCGGAGGAGCAGGAGGAGUAAAGCGAGCAGUCGGAGGUGA